CGUUUUUCACGUUCUGUUACAAUGUUGCUUAUUAGAUUGCUCCGUCGAGCAUAAAUUUCUCUUCGUAUAUAUAUAACACCAGCAAAUGUGUAAGAGCACUCAUCAAAAUGAAGGCUUUUAUUGUACUCUCCGCUUGCUUCGUCGGGUUUGCUGCCUCGCAAGGCGCUACUAAGUACAUGACAACGUUCAUGGCAUGCAUGGAUGACUUAGGUAUCGAUAGAUCGACUUUGACCGAAGCCAUGAAAAACAACCCACUUGACCAACCAAAACUGCAUGAAUUGAGUGAAUGCGUUUUCAAGAAGAUUGGUGCCUUAAACGACGACGGCACAUUUGAUUUUACGGAAUGUAAGGCGCAAUGUGAAGCGGAGCAUAAUAUGGAUUGCUCAUUUCUCACAAAGUGUCUAAACUUUAAAGGAGCAAAUGAAAGUCAAAGAUUGGUCGGCGUCUUUUUAUGCGGGACCAAAAGUUAUGCUGAUUUAUUGGCCAAACAGCAGCGAGAUGGUUAGUGUGCCGCAAUUUAUUUUUCAGUCUGCUUUAAAUAAAGAUUGUUAAACAUUGA